CCCGGAAGUGUCGAUCUGGUUCCCACGCUGCAGUGGCAUCUGCACAGGAGGAGGAGGUGGCGGCUGGAUCCUGAUGGGGAGCUGUCUGUGCUUAAAGAGAAGACUGACAUUGUGAUAAUUCCAUCAUGUUGGAGUCCUAUGUGACUCCAAUCUUAAUGAGCUAUGUGAAUCGCUACAUUAAAAAUUUGAAGCCUUCAGACUUACAGCUUUCACUCUGGGGAGGAGAUGUGGUUCUCAGCAAACUUGAAUUAAAAUUAGAUGUUCUUGAACAGGAAUUGAAGUUACCAUUCACAUUUCUAAGUGGACACAUACACGAACUGCGAAUCCACGUACCAUGGACAAAGCUUGGCUCCGAGUCGGUGGUGAUAACCAUCAAUACCAUGGAAUGUAUCUUGAAACUGAAAGAUGGCGGGCAGGAGGAUCUUGAAAGCUCUGGUUCAAGUUCAACCAGCCGUAGCAAUACAGAGAGUGUCAAAUCCCAAAUCAGACCACGGAAGAUUCAGCAAGCAGCUCCGACUGACCCAGAUCUGCCACCAGGUUAUGUCCAAAGCUUGAUUCGACGUGUCGUCAACAACGUGAACAUUGUAGUGAACAACCUUAUCUUAAAAUAUGUGGAAGAUGAUAUCGUUCUGUCUGUCAAUAUCACUUGUGCAGAGUGUUACACAGUGGAUGAAUUUUGGGACAGGGCAUUCAUGGACAUUUUGGCCACUGAACUGGUCCUCAGGAAAGUUAUUAACUUUUCAGACUGCACAGUUUGCCUUGAUAAAAGAAACGCCAGCGGUAAGAUUGAAUUUUACCAGGAUCCACUGCUGUACAAGUGCUCCUUCCGAACCCGAUUGCACUUUACUUACGACAGUCUUAACUCUAAAAUGCCAUCGGUGAUUAAGAUCCACACAAUGGUUGAUAGUUUGAAGCUUUCUCUAACUGACCAGCAACUCCCUAUGUUCAUCCGCAUUAUGCAGCUGGGAAUUGCCCUGUAUUACGGAGAAAUAGGAAACACGAAGGAAGAGGCAGAGGAUCCACCCAGUAACCCUAAGGAUACAGUAGUUAACAUGCCUGGAUCAGAAGAAGAAAUGGGUACAGGAAUACCAUAUCAGUCUCAAGAAAUGUUUUCUAUACCAGAUGACGACGAUCAGCAAGGUUGGGUGUCGUGGGCCUGGUCAUUUGUUCCAGCUAUCGUUAGUUAUGGCGGCGAAAAUGAAGGAGAAGGCGACUACACUGUAACAGAAGAUGGAACGAUGAUGCCAGGUCCGAAGAGCCAGCAAUCUAAAGAUCCAAUUGUUUCAAUAGGAUUCUAUUGUACCAAGGCUACUGUCACGUUCAAGCUGACUGAAAUGCAGGCUGAGAGCAGCUAUUACAGCCCUCAGAAGGUGAAAUCCAGGGAAGUUGUACGAUGGGAGCAAGAAGGAACUACUGUGGAGGUUCUAAUGAAGGGAGAACCUUUUUUUGACUGCCAGGUUGGGUUUGUGGGGAGCCAAGCUGUGUGUCUCAAAGGAAUCAUGGGAGUGAAAGACUUUGAAGAGAAUACAAACAGAUCUGAUAUGGAAGCAUGUUUCUUUACCUGUGGGGAGAAUUUGAGCAACAAAGGAAAUACUUACCUCACCAACUCCCUGUUUGACUACAGAAGUCCAGAGAACAAUGGAAUUCGGGCUGAAUUCAUUUUGGAUUCAACUCACCACAAGGAGACAUACACUGACAUGGCUGGAAUGCAGAGGUUUGGAGCUUUUUACAUGGAUUAUCUGUACACAAUGGAAAGCACUGGUGGCAAAGGUUCAAUCAACCAGGAUUUCCCUUCUGUGAAGACAGAAGACAUUGGUGGUUUCCAAGAGAUGUCCACAAAGAGCCUAGUUGUAGGUCCCAUUGAUCUUCAGUUGGACAGUAGCUCGGUGCACAGGAUUAUGAAGAUGAUCGCUUGUGCGUGUGACCACGAGUAUGAGGCGUACAGCAGCUUUCAACCUGCCACAGUGGAGGAAAGUAAAACAAUACCGAGCUCUGAAGAAGUGGCAUCGUUGGAGGAAUACAUCCCAACGCGAUUGUCUUCUUUAACGCUGAUGAAGUGCACCAUCACAAUUACUAUGGCUGAAUUCAACUUCCUUGACCAUUUAAUGCCUGUAAUAAUGGGUCAGAAGCACUCCAGUGGGAUGUUAAACACAACUAGCUUCCAGCCCAUACGGCCUUUACCUGCCAUCAAACUAUUUUCUGACAAGAUCAACUUUGAGCAUUCUGUGCCGAUGUAUGCUGAACAACUGGUACAGACGGUGAGCAGCUUGAGCCAGCCUUCAGACAAUCUGCUUCACCACUGCUAUGCUCACUGCUAUCUCAAGGUGUUUGGAUUCCAAGCAGCACUCACUUAUCUCAACAGCAAAGGAACCUACUGCUCUCCUGUCCCGCUGGUACCUUCUUUCAGCACAGCGAUCUAUGGCAAGCUUCUCAGACUUCCUCAGUGCUGGACUAAUCGAACGAACGUUCCGUUAGUAGAAUACAUCUUUGAGCUUCCAAGUCUAAGCAUUCAGGCAACAAGAGCGCAAACUCUUCUGCUGCAAGUGAUUUCCCAUAGCUGGCUUUACAGCUCAAAGAAUCAUGGUUCUUUAGGUCUGAGCGAAACACUUCUGAAUGAAGUCUUCCUUACAGCAGGUGUGAAAUCUAAGAAUCCCCUGCCAACUCUUGAGGGUUCUAUCCAGAAUAUAGAGUUGAAAUUCUGCAGCACAUCAUUGGUCAAAUGUGUCUCCGGGACCGUGGGAUCAAUAAAAAUUUGUGCCAAAGCCCCAGGUGAAAGUGGCAAAGAAAAGCUGAUUCCUUUAAUUCAGGGUCCUUCUGACACCCGAGACCUCCACCAUAGCAAGUGGCUCAAAGAAAGCCGAAAACCAGAAUCGUUGUUUGGGCCAGAUUUGAUAGCCUUUACAAUCCAGGUUCCUGAGCAGAUGGACUACUGCCACAGCUCUGGUGCUAUACUCCUUGCCAGCGUUCAAGGCAUCGCAAUCAACGUUGAUCCCAUAUUAUACACAUGGCUAACAUACCUGCCACAGAAAAAAAGCAGCAGACAGCCACAGCAGGCUCUGGGAUCCGUUGCUCUUCCUGUGUCACUAUCAAGGAAGAAGGAGGAUGAAGUGUCAGUUGGCAGUGCGCCCCUGGGAAAGCAGGCAUCGAAUCAGCCGUCUGAGUAUGCCAGCAGCCCUGUCAAAACAAAAACCGUAACAGAAUCACGCCCACAUUCUCUUCCACCUAAAGUCCUGCAACUGAGUCAAGAAAGCAACAAAACUCCAGAGGAAAGAAUGAAAGAGUUUAUUGCUAUUGUGUGGAAUGCAGUGAAACGUCUUACACUUCAGGUUGAACUUCAGACAUGCUGCGUGUUCUUUCCAAGCGACAGUUUGCCCUCUCUCAGUACCAUUGUAUCCAGCGACAUUCCGGGGACGGUGAGGAGUUGGUACCACAGCCAGGCCUCUAUGCCAGGAACGCUUGUUCUCUGUUUGCCGCAAAUCAAAAUCAUGAGUACUGGCCACAAGUACAUGGAACCAAUCCAAGAGAUACCAUUCAUGGUGCCAAGACCCAUUGUAGAAGAAGGUGUUGCAUUUCCUUGGACCAUUAAUCUACAACAUUUCAGUGUGUAUACACUCCUCGAACAUCAACUAAUACUGAAUCUAGUGGAACCCAUGGGCUGCACUUCCACCCUCGCUGUCACUUCGCAGAGUCUGUCAUCUUCAGAGGCUGACCCUGGUCACUCGUUCGUUGUUUGUCUGCAUGUAGACCUUGAACCACUAGAAGUUAAAUGUUCAAAUUCACAGGUCGAGCUAUUAUACCAGCUAACUGAGACUAUGAACAAAGUGUGGGAAAAGAUCCAGAGGAGAGGAAUCCUCUAUCAGCCGUCCAUGUACAGCGAUUCCUUUGCCGGCCAGACAACCGGCUCUCCCAUCAGGAGUAGUGUUGGCACAGCUCCUCCUGAUACCAGCACAUGCAGCCCAUCUGCUGACAUUGGGACCACUACUGAGGGAGAUUGUGUGAACGCUGCCGAUGAUUCUCCUUUUUCUGAUUCUGUUACUCUGGAACAAACAACAAGCAACAUCGGGGUGUCUAGCGGACGUGUCAGCCUAUGGAUGCAAUGGAUGUUACCCAAAAUUACUAUUAAGAUGUUUGCUGCGGAUCCUGCCUGUAAAGACACAAAGAUUUGUGUGGUUACUGAACUUGAAGACCUUAAUGCCUCAGUAGAUGUGCAGGAUGUGUACACUAAAGUCAAGUGCAAAAUCGAAAGCUUUAACAUCGACCACUACAGAAGCAGGCCAGGUGAAAGCUGGCAGUCGGGAGAUUUUCUUGGGAUAGUUCUACAAUGCAAAGAGAAACAUAUGACGACCGCAAAGCUUUUAGAGAGCUCCCACCAGCAGCACGGAUUUCUUUCUCUUACUUAUACCAAAGCUGUCACCAGGAAUGUUCGCCACAAGCUGACCUCAAGGAGUGAACGGACCCCUCGGAGCUUUCAGAAACUUUCUGAAGGUCCAACAGACGGUUCCCCUCACUUCCUUCAUGAAAUUCUCAUUUCAGCUCAAGCCUUUGAUGUUGUCCUUCUCUUCCCUUUGCUCAAUGCCAUCUCAAGUAUUUUCGAGGCUAAACGACCUAGGAAUCUGAAGGAGAAACGCAAAUCUUCAGGCCAGCCAAUGAGAUCUCACACUCUAACCUCUCGUAAUCUGCCUCUGAUAUAUAUCAAUACUAACGUCAUUAGAGUUUUCUUUCCAAAACCAGAGGAUAUGCAGCCGAGUGCAGGAGAAAGUAAAACCAUGAUAAACGAAGACACAUUGGUUCUGAAGAUUGGUUCUGUUUCCAUGGCCCCACAGGCUGAUAACCCUCUCAGUAGAAGCGUUCUGAGAAAAGAUAUUUACCAACGUGCUUUGAACUUGGGAAUCCUGAAGGACCCAGGAUCAGAAGUGGAAGACAGGCAAUACCAGAUCGACCUGCAGUCUAUUAACAUCGGAACUGCUCAAUGGGAUCAGCUGAAACCAGAGAAGGAGAAUAACAAUGGGGGGCUAUUGACAGAAGGGGACCGUGGAUCCCAGAAUCCAGCUCUGGAAUGGAAUAUGGCCAGCAGCAUUAGGAGGCAUCAAGAACGGAGAGCGAUUCUCAGUCCAAUUUUGACCGAUUUCACGGUUCGAGUAACUGCUGCACCAGCUAUUAUCUUCAGUAAAAUGUCCCCCGAGAAUACACACACAGAGGAUAUUUUAGUGUGUGGCCAUGCCUUGGAAGUGAAUGUGACCACAAGCUUGGACUUCUUCCUAAGUGUGGCUCAAGUACAACUUCUGCAACAGCUGGUACAAGCUAACAUGGCUGGAUUUGAACAAACAAACAUGGCCGCUGAGUCUUCUAAACAAGAACAACAGAAGCCAGAUGUCACUGAUGGUUGUGGAGUUGACACCUCGUCUCGUUAUAGUGGCGCUCAGGACAGUGGCAUUGGCAGCGACAGUGUGAAGAUACGAAUAGUUCAAAUUGAACAACAAAGUGGCACCAGUCAUCACAGAAUUGCCCGGCCAUCCAAGCAAUCCUCGAUCGUAAAAAAUCUGAACUUCAUACCCUUUGAUAUAUUUGUGACAGCCAGUCGCAUAUCUGUGAUGACCUACUCAUGCUCUGCAAUGCCUAGAGUAAAAAAUGUUGUUAGUGAUGGUGACAAACUAGGAAAAGGUUUGUUAAACAUUUCAAGCUCUGAAGCAGAUGGAGCCCCAGAAAAGUCUGUUCAACCCUGCAUCUCCACACUCACCGCAGAAGAUCUGUUGGCUAGUAGCACACCUUCUCCUAACAGUGGGAAAACUGGAAUCCUUUCCCUUGAGCGUCUCCAUGCAUCUACAAGGUCUUCGGCUCGGCAAGCACUGGGCAUCACAAUUGUUCGCCAGCCUGGACGAAGAGGGACUGGUGACUUACAGCUGAACCCUUUUCUGCACCUCGUUGUGUCCCAGCCUUCUUUGCUUGUGAGUUUUCAUCACAGGAAGCAGAAAGUUGAGAUGUCCAUGUUCGAUGCACUUCUCAAAGGAGUAGACCCACAGUACAGAUGUGCAGACGCAGGGAAGACUCUACCAGAAGGUCUUGAUUACUCCAAGACCUGGCUACAGACGGCAGCAGGAGAACUAAAUCCUAGAUCCGGAAUUCCCCCUCCAUUUCUUACACUCCAAAUCAAAGAUUUUCUUAAUGGGCCAGCUGAUGUCAAUAUAGAAAUAUCAAGGCCAUUAAAAGUCAACCUGAGUUUUGUCAAGUUGGAUCAGAUAAACCAUUUCAUAGAGAAGAUAUUUAGUAAAAGCAGCAACGAUACUCGAGCAGAGGACAUUCCUUCGGUCAGUAUGGAAGAAUUCUCAAAACCUAAGCCUGGAAUGAAGAAAGAGACUGGUACUUCUGUAAGUAAAGAGACCGUUAAAAACUCUUCUGCUCAGGAGGAUCCUUGGUUAUCAGUAUCCUGUUUCCAGAAGAUCUCUUUCCAAACUACGCAAGUGGUAUUGUCUCUGGAGACUGUUCCACACCCUAAUAAUCCAUGCAUCUUGACAUCAUUCUCAAAUCUUCAGGGAUCUCUUGCUAUCCAAACCGGAAACAAAGCAACAGACACCAUUACCAGUGCAUCAUUUACCCUGCAAAUUAAUGAUUUCCUUCUAAAAACAAGCCUUAAAGAAAGACUGAGGAAUCUGCUAGGCCCCGUCUCUGGCUCUGUUAAUCUAGAAGCCAACUGGUGUAAACACAGCGGAAACCCCAGCCCCAAGCUCUCCAUUCCUAAAAUACUUGUCGAUUUCCAGUGCGGAGUUAUGCAGGUUUUCUGGGGUCAGGAGAACCUGAAUUGUUUAACACUUUUAAGUGAGCUUCUCCAAGAAUACUUCAAGAAAAGUUCCAGACUGGGCCCAGUGACUAGUGAUCAGCCCUUGUCAACAGUCCCUCCUGCAACAGGCAAACCUCAAAGCUCUAAAACGGAACAUAGCUCUGAUGACUUGAGAACUGGGCUCUUUCAGUACAUACAGGAUGCUGAUGCACAGAAACUGCCCAAUGCAUAUGAAGUGGUGUUUUAUAAUGAGACAGAGGACAGCCCGGGGAUGAUGCUGUGGAGAUAUCCAGAACCUCGAGUUCUGACCCUUGUAAGAAUAACACCUGUGCCAUUCAAUACAACAGAGGAUCCAGAUAUCAGCACUGCAGACCUGGGAGAUGUUCUUCAGAUCCCUUGUAGCCUCGAGUACUGGGAUGAACUCCAGCGGUCAUUUGUAGGCUUUAGAGAAUUCAGUCUAUCUGAGAGCAAAGCAUGUGAUCUACAGCUGCCCAGCAUCUCCUCGGUAAAUGACCAAAAGGAGCUCAUAACCUCUGACCUUUGGCGGAUUGUCCUGAACAGUAAUUCCAGUGGAACCGAUGACCAAAGCUCUGAAAGCGAAUCUGGCUCACAAAGUGGCUGCGACCAGCUCGUAACUCCCACGGCGUUAGCUGCCUGCACUAGAGUUGACUCUUGCUUUACUCCCUGGCUUGUCCCGUCCCUUGGUAUCUCGGUACACUUUGCUCACGUGGAGCUCCACCUUUGUCAUCACCUGGAUCAGUUAGGCUCAGCUCCACCCAAACGCUUACAGCCUUUCAUUUCGGAUAAGACUAUUCCAGGUGACCUGGAGUACGUGAUCAUCUCAUUUGAAGAACCCCAUGUAUAUAUACGGCAAUGGAGCGAGGUUUCUGUUUGCAAAGAGAUACAGUUUUCAACAAAGGCUGAUUGCAAGUUAUUGGAAUUCAGGAACCUCACCAUGAAGCAGUUUAUAAAACAAUUUCACAUCCAAGGACAAUUGGCCAUUUCUGACAGUGCUCUGGAAAAGUUUCUUGACCUUACUGUCCUGGUGGAUCCAGUGUUUGUGGACUUUGGGCAGCAUUCUGUGCAGUCCAUUAAUACUGCAAUUCAGGCUUGGCAACAGAAUCAGUGCCCCGAGGCAGAGGAGUUGAUCUACAGUCAUUUUGUCAUCUGUAAUGACACACAGGAGACACUGCGGUUUGGCCAAGUGGAUACUGAUGAGAAUAUAGUAUUGGCCAGUCUCCAUCACCACCAGUACUGCUGGAGAUCACACAAGUCCCCACAGCUGCUCCACAUCUGUAUCGAAGGCUGGGGAAACUGGCGUUGGUCAGAGCCAUUUAAUGUGGACAAUGCCGGAACAUUUAUCAGAACCAUUCAUUACAAGGGACGGACAGCAUCUCUCAUCAUCAAGAUCCAGCUGCUGAAUGGCGUACAGAAACAAGUGACAAUCUGUGGAAGGCAGAUUAUUUGCAGCUACCUAUCAGAGAGCAUUGAGCUGAAGGUGGUACAACAUUACAUGGGACAGGAUGGCCAAACUGUAGUUCGGGAACAUUUCAACUGCUUAGCAGCCAAACAGAAGCUGCCUUCCUAUAUCCUCGAAGACGGUGAGCUGUCAGAGUUGUGUGUGAAGGCAAAAGAUGAUGAAGAUUGGUCUCGAGAUGUUUGCCUACCAUCUGAUGUUACUGAGCACAGCAUGAUCAUUCAGGUUCCAUCGUCCAACCCAUCCAUUAUGUACGUGUGGUGUACUAUUCUAACUCUGGAGCCCAAUUCUCAAGUUCAGCAGAGAAUGAUCAUGUUCAGCCCUCUGUUUAUCACGAGGAGCCAUCUCUCUGAUUCCAUUAUCAUACAUUUAGAGAAAAGAAGCCUUGGGUUAACUGAAACACAAAUGGUUCCAGGAAAAGGAUUGGAAAAAACACUCGAUAACAUAGAGCCAGACAUAACCCAUCACCUGACAUUUCAAGCGAGGGAGGAAGAUGACCCUUCACAAUGUGCUGUCCCCAUCUCAACCUCUCUUAUCAAGCAGAUCGCAACAAAAGCACAUAGUGGGUAUUCUGCAAAUCACAUAAUUUCAGAGUUCUAUGUAGGUGAUAGCAGCCCUCAGCCUGUUUGGCCAUAUAAUAAAAAGGAUACAGAAGGUGGCGAGCAUUUAGCGCAGUGGGAUAGUCCAAUGCGGGUGAAACUUUCUCUUUGGAAGCCUCAUCUGAAGACGUUACUUAUUGAACUUCUUCCAUGGGCCCUGCUCAUUAAUCAAUCCAGGUGGGACCUUUGGCUGUUUGAGGGGGAGAACAUUGUCCUCCAAAUUCCUGCUGGGAAAACCAUCAUACCUCCUAACUUUCAGGAAGCUUUUCAAAUAGGGAUUUACUGGGCCAACACAAACACCGUGCACAAGUCUGUGGCCAUAAGACUGGUUCAUGACAUGACGUCACCAAAAUGGAAGGAUGCGGAUAAUGGGGAAGUCGUCACCUUGGAUGAAGAAGGCUUUGUUGAUGCCAGCAUCAAACUGGGUGCUUUCCCAGGACAUCAAAAGCUCUGCCAAUUCUGUGUUUCUUCGAUGGUUCGACAUGGAAUCCAGAUUCUGCAGAUUGAGGACAAGACCACGGUCAUUAACAAUACCCAACUGAAGGUCUAUUACAGCCCACAGAUGUCUCUAGCACCCCAGGAUUCAGAAGAGGAGUAUGUGCCUGUACCAGAUAAUGCUGUUUUCAGUGUUAGUCCAGCUGGGGAACAUCCUACCAUAAAGUCCAACACACUCCCUUGCUGGGAUUUAGUGUCCGACGCAAGUCACGUAGCAGUCGAGGUGUCGUCCCUUCAGAAAUCCGUCCUGCUGAGCCUUUGCCCGAGUGUCGGAGCGGGUAGUGCCGAAUGUUGGAGCUUGCCAGUCAUGAUACGUCCAGAGCUCCCCAGGCAGAGUGUGGCAGUGCCUGUGGCAGAGUGCUGUAAAAGUGAAUUGUGCACAAAGGCUUUAGUGCUGACUUAUCAGGAGCAUCUCGGUGUGACUUACCUAACUCUUACUGAAGACCCAAGUCCUCGCAUUAUAAUUCACAACAGAUGCUCAGUUGCAUUGCUUCUGAAAGAAAACAUUAAAGAAACGCCAAAGUUCAAAGUGUAUUGCAGGAAAAUCCCAGCCGACUGCUCCGUUCACCAUGAGUUUUAUCAUCAGUUGUCAAAUUUUCCUGACUGCAAAACCAAAGAUUUACUGCCGAGCAUUUUCCUGAAAGUCUUGGCGUCUGAUGAAAGUACAGCAGAAUGGAGUGACAUGAUGGACAUCAAUAACCAGGGUCCUCAGGUGGUGUUCCUGGCAGGAUAUGGAUAUGUGCAUGUGGAUGUGGUCCAACACUGUGGCACAAUGAUCCUUACCCUUUCGCCAAAAGGUAGAGCAGGACCUGUGCUAACAAGUCUUAACAGGAAACAAAGUCAGAGGAUUGUAUUCAAAUUCUUCAUCACUCAGCUCAGCCUUGGAAUUUUUGACGAUGUGACAAACUACAAGAUGUCCUCUGAGCUGCUACGCCUUACACUUGACAGUAUUUUCAUCAGCAUGGCCCCAGUCAGUAACUAUCUCAGGCAGCCAUGUCGAGAACAGCAGACUGAUGUUAUGUGUGGCAUACCACUGUUUUAUAGCCUGGAGGUCUACUGCGGAGACUUGCAACUGGACAACCAACUCUACAACAAGUCCAACUUUCAUUUCCCGGUACUGGUAUGCCAAGAAGAAAGAGGUGAUGCUGCCAAGUGGCCAAAAUCAAGUAGUCUAUACACUUCUGCAAAAGAACUAGAAGAUUUUAAAGAUUGUUCCUUCAUCAAGCUCUUUAUUAACCUGACAGUCGAGCCAGACCUUUAUGACCUGAACGAGCUAAACUUUGAACUCAAGCCAUCCCGACUCUACGUGGAAGACACAUUUGUCUAUUAUGUUAAGACCUUGUUUGACACCUAUCUUCCAGAUAAGCUGUUUCAUAGCACAGUGAAGAGCCCUGGAAUCACAGUUCCUCAGACAUUACCUGAACAAGUCCAACAGUAUGCUGUGGCUUUAGUUCGCCCAGUGAAGCUCAGGAAACUAACAGUACAACCCGUGAAUCUACUGGUUAGCAUUCACGCCUCUUUAAAACUCUACAUUGCCUCUGACCACACUCCUUUAUCCUUCUCAGUGUUUGAACGAGGACCAAUCUUUACCACUGCCAGACAGCUUAUACAUGCCCUUGCCAUGCAUUACGCUGCAGGUGCCCUCUUCCGAGCAGGCUGGGUGGUGGGGUCUUUGGAAAUACUUGGAAGUCCUGCAAGUCUGGUAAGGAGCAUUGGGAAUGGAAUUGCUGACUUCUUCAGGCUCCCGUACGAAGGACUCACACGUGGCCCAGGAGCUUUUGUUAGUGGAGUCUCCCGAGGCACCACUUCUUUUGUAAAACACAUCUCAAAAGGUACAUUGACAUCUCUCACUAACCUAGCCACAAGCUUGGCCCGGAACAUGGACAGACUGUCUUUGGAUGAAGAACAUUACAACAGGCAGGAGGAGUGGAGGAGACAGCUGCCAGACAAUUUGGGAGAAGGGUUAAAACAGGGACUGUCCCGUCUAGGAAUAAGCCUGCUCGGUGCAAUAGCUGGCAUUGUAGAUCAGCCUAUGCAGAACUUCCAAAGGACCUCUGAAGCCCAGGCAUCUGCAGGGCACAAGGCCAAGGGGGUUAUCUCCGGUGUGGGGAAGGGGAUUGUUGGCGUCUUCACUAAGCCAAUCGGAGGAGCCGCAGAGCUGGUGUCGCAGACAGGAUAUGGUAUUUUACACGGAGCUGGACUCUCGCAGCUACCCAAGCAGCGACAUGUGUCCAACGAUGUACAGACCAGUCAGGCCCCAAACAGCCAUGUGAAAUAUGUCUGGAAAAUGCUGCAGUCUCUGGGUAGACCUGAAGUCCACAUGGCCCUUGAUGUAGUAAUUGUCAGUGGAUCUGGACAAGAGUAUAUGGGCUGUUUGUUGCUAACAUCAGAAGUACUGUUUGUAGUUAGUAUCAGCGAGGACACGCAGCAGCAGGCCUUCCCGGUCACUGAAAUAGAUUGUAUGGAGGACCAGGACAUGGAAAACUGCCUGAUUGUACAAAUGAAACAACAACCAGCUACCAGUGAAUUAGAGUCUGAUGGAGCCAGAGAGAGACUGUCUGAACAACAAUACAACCGGCUAGUGGACUAUGUUUCAAAGACGUCCCAGCACUUCACGCACAGCAUCUCAUCUCAAAACGUGGCAUCGCAGGUGGUGGUGGCCAAGCCUCCUACCACCAACACCAAGACUUAUCAAUACCUCGUGGAGAGUCAUUACGCAAGAAUAUUCAUCAGCAAAUUCAGAAUGGUAAAAAGCAAGGCUCUGCGCAGAGGGUUCUACUAGUAUCCACAAAGGAAAACAAAAAGAAAGCAAUGCUUUUUCUAAAGAUCAAAGCACUAUAGGUAGUGAUCCGAGGGUAGGUUUUGCCAUGUUCACAGUUGGGUAGGUACGUAUAUAUACGUUCUGUAUAUACUGGAAGUUCUGUACAUUUCCCAAAGCCUUAUAUUAUAGCACAAUAACACAAGUUGACAACGUAUUCUGUCUAUUCAUAAAAUGUUCCGCUAAAUACAGUCAGAUACAGAGACGGUGCAUUGACACACGUUGGCAAGAAAAAAACACUUUAUUGAACAUGCAACUGAUUUAUUUCAUGAUAUAUUUAAUAUAACCUCAGAUUUUUUGUAAAAAAAAAAAGCCAAAUCAGUUGCCAACUGUAACGCAAUGCCAAUGACUUGGCUAUUAGUAGUGUAGUUAGACCAAUAUAGAAUUUCUCAAUGUUUAUAGAAUAAAUGGCUCAAAGUUGCCAUUAAAUUAUAUUCUAUUAAAGCCAUGUAGUCUUCUGUGUUCACAUGAAAAUACAUAUUUUUGGUAGGGCAAGGGGGAGAUAACUUUAUUGUGGGUUAAUAAUAUUAGAUGGAUCUGAUGUUUUAUAUAUAUAUAUAUAUAUAUAUAUUCUAUAGAUCUGCAUUGUUUAGAGUGGAAUAUUGGUGAAAAGCUUUAAGAAUAAUCUGUAAACGUGAAGGUAAAUGCUGCUAUUACUUGUAUAAGAAGCUGUUUGAAUUCACAGGAAGUAACGGAACACAGAAGUCUGUUUUGUAAUUGGUUUACUCCUUUCAGUACCACAAGGGUGAGCAAUACCCCCAAGUCCUGAAAACAUGAUGCAAGUUAUUUGCGAUGUGAACGUUUGUUCUAGGCUACGAGGUGGCUAAGCUUUGACACUCCAGAUAUUAUGGCUUGUUCCUUGUGCUGCACAGCCAGCCGUGACCAUCAUGGAGAAUUUAGUGUUAAGUCUCUCUGUUGCCGUUUCACAUCAUGGCAGCUGAGAACCAGAUGUAAACACACGUGUAGCAUGGGUUAAUAUAGCAUGCACUUUCUUUAUAAAGGACCCGCACAAUUUGAAAUGCACAUAAUGUAUACAGCAAGCUAUGAUGAUAGCUUGUGAUUUUAUAAUGUGAUGUUCUGAGUGGCAGGUGUCCAGCGCUGUCAUUAGACAUUGUAACCCCUAAACCUGGCCCUGUUAUGGGCAGAGACGUCUGCUCACAUAAAGGGUAAACUUCUGGAGCCCUAAUAAACCCUGAAAUCAACAAUAUGGUUUUAUAAAUCACCUGAUUGUUUAUAGCAGGGGUGCCCAAAUGUUAGAAAGCCCGAUGGUUUAAACUACAGCUUCCAUAAUGCUUUGUCAUUCUAAAGGCACGCAAUGCAUCAUGGGAGUUGUAGUUCUACAACAUAUGGGGAUCUACCUUUUGGGCACCCCUAGUUUAUAGGAUCAUGUGUCUGCUUAUUAAAAUAAGACUAAUAAAUUAAAGGGGCAGUAAUGCAUUACAUAGAGUAGGUUAUUUGAAAGUAAACCUAGAACUAACAGUUGCGCUCUUAACUAACUUUUAACCCCUUAAGGACACAUGACAUGUGUGACAUUUCAUGAUUCCCUUUUAUUCCAGAAGUUUGGUCUUUAAGGGGUUAAGGAACACUACAAACACCAUAACCACUGCACUAAAGCAUUACUAACUCUUUAAUGAAUAAAAUCCAGCUCUCAAUUCUAAUUCACUGAAUUAUCUUUUAAAUAAGGGGUAUUUAGAUAUUUAUACGGCUGUAAGAUGUUUCAUUGCAUAUAAAAUUCCCGUAAAUUAAACAUUGUUUUCAGUUCAAUCAUUACAGUGCAUUUUGUCCUAAAUAAAGUCAUUAGUACAUGUUAAUAUAAUUGUAAAUAUAUUUUUUGUCCUGUAUUUUGAAUUUUAAAAGAUAGGGUAAACCUUUGUAAACUAUUUCAUAGAGCUAAUUUUCAAUAUAUAUUGCAUUGGUCACCUAUGUUUGAAUAUAAUAAAGUAAUUGUAAAAUCA